AUGGAUCUUCUCCGAGCCUACUCUGAUCAAAACGACGAAAAAUUGAACGAGCCAGAGCAGCAAAACCAAAACCCUAGUUCAACAACAUUGUCCCUAUACACUUCACCGCCUUGGCUCCUCCUCGCCAAGUCUGCGGUGCCCAAUGUCGACGACACGAUGCUGGCCCUGAAGGUGGUUGCUGGCCAACGGUCUUUGAGUCGGCCAAUUGACCCAACCCAACACAUCGUCGGCUUCAACUCCACCUACGACCAACUAUGGGCCCCAAUCUACGGCCCAUCUUAUCCCUACACCAAGGACGGCAUCGCCAGGGCAUGCGCAACCACAAGCUCAACUUCGUUAAGGACGCCUUUAUUGAACCUUUCAUCUUCGAUGAGCAGUGCAAUACUUUUCACAAGUAUGGCUAUGCGAGCGACCCAGCAGCCUCUGCUGGGUAUAAUUAUGUUGGUGAUUUUGAGGCCUUGCAGAAGAACCAACACGAGUAGAAGAUAG